AACUUCAUUAAAUAACUCUGUAACUCUUUGUUACAUAACAGAAAACAAAGAGGCAAAUGACAGAAUAGUUAAUUAUGUAUUAUUUGACAUAUAGCAUUGAUAGUUAACUUUAUUAAAAUGUGUAUUGUCAUGUAUAAUUAAGUACAUCUGGGACUUUUUUCAUGUGUACAAUCUCUACACAAAGAUGAAAAGGUUUUAUAAUUUGCAACUGAACUUGGAAAUGUUUUAUGUUUUACCUGUUUUACCUGAACAUGUAAGUAUUUGUUGACAUUUUGUACAGAACGGUACACGUAAACUACACAAUCAUCACAUCAUAUCUGUCAUGUUUACUGUUUCUGUUUCUUGAUUGUAUUGUUUUACCUGAACAUGUAAGUAUUUGUGGACAUUCUGAAGCAAUACAUGCCAUGUUUUCUUUUAUCAGACAUUAGUGUCAUUACAUCUGCACUGUUAAUCUACAAUAAUCCAUAUUUCUUUCAUUUAUUUUCAUUUUAUGUAAAAUAAAAUAAAAUAAAAUAAGAAAAGUGGCAUGGAUUCCUUUAUCAUGGUCUUUCGAACAGCAAUUACAAUGUUUGUGUUGCUCAACAGGUUUGGCAGUUAUAAGGUAUCUGGGGCAUGCAAUGGGCAGGCGCGCUGGAAGGUAUUUUGAGUAGGAGAGCUGAGCUAGGGGGUACUGCAGCACCCUCAGCACCUCCCUUCCUGCGCCACUGGCAAUGGGUUUCACAUUUGAGCUUUUGCAGUACAAGAAACAUAUCCCAAGUAGAGGCUGAACCAGUCUGUGCUUCUUGCAGUUUCGACAAGAACUGGCAAUCUUUUAUUAUUCAAAAUGGAGAAUGUUAUGAAGGAAGAUUUCGAGAAAUCACCGAAAGAACUUGAAUUUCAGGAAGCACAGCGUGUCUCUGUUCAGUCUCAGACUGCUCUGAAGGUCUUUGACCAUUUCAUGGUGGACAUUGCCAUAAUGGGAGAGUCAGGGGUGGGGAAAUCCUCCUUGGUAAAUGUCCUGCUUGGAUUUAGUCCUGAAUGUGAAGAAGGGGCGCCCACUGGAGUAGUAGAGACCACAAUGACACCAACCAUGUACCCUCAUCCCAAACACCCCUAUGUCAGACUUUGGGACCUUCCAGGAAUGGGAACACCUUCAUUCAAGUCUAAGAAUUACAUCAAGAAAAUGAACAUGGACCUUUAUGAUCUGUUUGUCAUUGUGUUUUCUGACAGGACGAAAGAGAACUGCAUGUAUCUCGUGGACGAGAUCUUGAGAAGACACAGGCCCUUCUACCUUGUGAGGUCUAAGGUUGACAACGACUUGUUGUCUGAGAGCAGGAAGUGUGACUUCACAGCACCUUCUGUCUUGAACCGGAUGAGGAGGGACUGUCUGUUUCACCUCCAGGCCAAAGUAAAGGAUCCCAGAGUGUUCCUGGUAUCCACCCAUGGGGCCAAUGAGUAUGAUCUUCAGCAGUUGAUGGAAACACUAGAGGGAGACCUACCGUUGCUUCGGAAAAAAGCUUUUGGUGAUUUCUUGGAAGACGUCUCUCAAAGGCCUUACACAUUAUUCAAGUGUAUAAAGCUUCCUGCAGUCAAGAGAGAGAAAAUCAGAAGAGGAGAUGUGGAGCAGAUCAGGGCAGUGUUCAGGCCCUGGGACCUCUCCAACAGAUCAGCAAGGGAGACAAUUCUAAACCAUGUUGUUGCUCUAGAGUCAACAAGAAUAGUUUGACUUGUACUGUAUGUAUGACUGCACUGGUCGUUUGAUGGAUUGAGGAUAUUCUUUAAAAUACAGUAUAUAUAUAAUUUUUUUAUACUACUAUAUUGGUCAUUCUUAAAUUAGGCAGUUUCAUGAAUGUAUCAGACAAUACUAUUAUAAUGUGUCGAACUGGAGUAACAAGGAAAGAGAUGGGUGUAAAUACAUUUGAAAAUGUUUUUUUUUUCUGAAAAAAUAAAUGCAGACAUAAACUGAGUC